GCCGCCGCAGUCGGCCAGGAGCCGGACCACGGUCUCGGCCACGGCUGCGCCCAUGGGAGCUGCUAUCCGGCCACCGGAGACCUGCUGGUUGGAAGAGAGAAAGACUUGAAGGCCUCGUCUACAUGUGGGAUGAGGCGGAAGGAGCCUUACUGUAUUGUUAGUCACUUGCAGGAUGAGAAAAAGUGCUUUGAAUGCGAUUCCAGGCGUCCUUAUCAUCCGGUCUACAACACCAUUAACCACCGGAUCGAGAACGUCAUCACCACCUUCAAGCCUCACCGCAAAAACUCCUGGUGGCAGUCAGAGAACGGAAAGUCUGAUGUUUUCAUCCAGCUGGAUCUGGAGGCGGAGUUUCAUUUCACUCAUCUCAUUAUGACCUUCAAGACUUUCCGUCCAGCAGCCAUGCUCAUCGAGCGAUCGGCAGACUUCGGCCGUACCUGGCAGGUGUAUCGAUACUUCUCACACGACUGUGCUGCUUCCUUUCCCGGAGUUUCCCAUGGUGCUUUGCGUAACAUUAACGACGUAAUCUGCGAGUCCCGCUACUCUGACAUCGAGCCGUCAACAGAGGGAGAGGUGAUCUACAGAGUUCUGGAUCCAUCCAUCAGGAUUGAGGAUCCAUACAGUCCUGCCAUCCAGAAUCAGCUGAAGAUCACCAACCUGAGAGUGAACUUCACUAAACUUCACACCCUGGGAGACAACCUGCUGGACCCCAGAGCAGAAAUCAAGGAGAAGUACUACUAUGCCAUCUAUGAGCUGGUGGUCCGCGGGAACUGCUUCUGCUACGGCCAUGCUUCAGAGUGCGCCCCCAUCGAGGGUGUCAGGGAUGACAUAGAGGGAAUGGUUCACGGGAGAUGUGUUUGUAACCACAACACCAAAGGUUUGAACUGUGAGCAGUGCGAUGACUUCUACAAUGACCGGCCGUGGAGGCCGGCCGAGGGCCGCAACACCAACGCCUGCAAGAAGUGUAACUGUAACGACCACUCAAACAUUUGCCACUUCGACAUGGCGGUGUACUUGGCCACGGGGAACGUCAGCGGUGGAGUCUGUGAUGACUGUCAGCACAACACCAUGGGGCGCAACUGUGAGAUGUGUCAGCUGUUCUACUACAAAGACCCCUUCAAGGAUAUUCGAGACCCUCAUGUCUGCAAACCUUGUGAUUGUGAUCCGGACGGCUCACAGAAUGGUGGAAUGUGCGACAGCCACACUGACCUGUCGCUCGGCAUGAUGGGAGGUCAGUGCCGCUGCAAGGCCAACGUGGAAGGCCCGCGUUGUGACAAGUGCAAGACCGGCUUCUUCGGCCUGAGUGCGGACAGCGCGCAGGGCUGCCAGCCUUGCCGUUGCGACCAUCGAGGAACCGUGUCGGGAAGCUCCCAGUGCGACCCGGUCAGUGGAGACUGCUUCUGCAAGCGGCUUGUGACGGGGCGGAGCUGCGACCAGUGUUUGCCAGAACACUGGGGGCUGAGCCACGACCUGAGCGGCUGCAGAGGCUGUGACUGUGAUGUUGGAGGAGCGCUGGACAACCUUUGCUCCAUGGAGAGCGGUCAGUGUCGCUGCCGCAGUCACAUGACAGGACGCCAGUGUACACAGGUGGAGUCUGGGUACUUUUUUAUGGCCCUGGAUCACUUCCUGUACGAGGCUGAGUUUGCCAAAAUGGGGCAGGGCUGUACUUUGGAGACCAGGGAGCACCAACCGGGCCGCCCUGCCUCCUGGACAGACGUGGGCUUUGCCCGAGUCCCCGAGGGCGGCACCCUGGAGUUCACCAUCAGUAACAUUCCUCACUCCAUGGAGUAUGAUUUGCUUAUCCGCUACGAGUCGCAGAUGCCUCGCGACUGGGAGGAGGUACAAAUAUCUGUGAUCCGUCCAGGUUCCAUUCCCACCAGCAGCCCCUGCGGGAACACCAUCCCAGAUGACGACAGUCUCCUGGUGUCCCUCCCGGCCGGAGCCAGGUUUGUGGUUCCUCCUCAGCCUGUGUGUCUGGAGAGGGAUGUGAUCUACACUCUUCGCUUUGAGUUCACACGGUACCAAGAUGCCAACAGCAUCCUCAUCGGAGGAUCCAACGCCGUCCUCCUCGUGGAUUCUAUUGCUCUGAUGCCUCGCCACUCCUCCUUGGAGAUGUUUACUGCAGGAGAUCCCGCCUCCACUGUCAGAAAGCAGACGUACGAGCGGUACCGCUGUCACGAAGGCGCAAAGAGCGUGAUCCGCCCUCAGAUGAGCGACACCUGCGCCAAACUGAUCAGCAGCAUGUCGGCCAUUAUCAACGACGGGGCUCUGGCUUGUAAUUGCGACCCACAGGGGUCAGUCAGCUCCAUGUGUGAUGUCAGAGGGGGCCAGUGUCGCUGCCGGCCAAAUGUGAUCGGCCGAAGGUGUGACAAAUGUGCACCGGGAACCUACGGCUUUGGACCCUCAGGCUGCUUACCCUGUGACUGCAGCCUGGAAGGUUCAGUGACCCGAUUCUGUGACAAGUUUAGCGGGCAGUGCCAGUGCCGUCCCGGAGCGUUCGGUCAGCGCUGUGACGGCUGUCAGGCGGGUCACUGGGGCUUUCCCAGCUGCCGGCCCUGCCAGUGCAACGGCCACGCUGACCAGUGCGAGCAGAGAACCGGAGCCUGCAUCAACUGCAGAGACAACACCGGAGGAGACAAGUGUGACAGGUGUGCUGAUGGGUACUACGGAAACCCCGUUUUGGGUCAGUCAUCCGGGGGUCAGUGUCGUCCCUGUCCCUGCCCAGAGGGACCCAACAGCGGACGUCACUUUGCUGCAUCUUGUUACCAAGACAACCGUAACCUGCAGAUUAUCUGCAACUGUAACCAGGGUUACACAGGGAUUGUUAAACGCUCCGGAUCGACCAUUUUUAAGCGAGCGCGCUGUGAGGAAUGCGCCCCGGGUUACUAUGGCAACCCCUCUCAGCCAGGGGGGCGCUGCCAGCCGUGUCAGUGCAACAACAACAUAGACAUGUCGGACAUGGACGCCUGUGACAGGCGGACUGGAGAGUGCAGGAAAUGCCUCUACAACACCGAGGGAUCCAACUGCAACCUCUGCAGGAGCGGAUACUACGGCGAUGCGGCGCGCCGCAACUGCAGGAAGUGCACGUGCAACUUCCUGGGGACGGAGCGCAGCCAGUGCAUGGAGCGGGAUGACUGUGUGUGCCAGCGCGCCACCGGACAGUGUCAGUGUCUGCCCAACGUUGUGGGUCUGACGUGUGACCACUGCGCCCCCAACCACUGGAACCUGGCCAGCGGGACGGGCUGUGAGCCGUGCAACUGUGACCCCAACAACUCUGUCACGUCCUCGUGCAACGAGGUCUGCGGGUCAUCGAGUGACGAUCCUUGUGGAGAGAGCCCGUGUGGAGGAGCAGGUUGCCGUGACGAUGAGGGAAACAGACACUGCGGAGGCCUGAACUGUGACGGAGCUGUGGCAGAGGCCGGGGAUGCUCUGCAGAAGGCCAAACAGGCAGAACAAGAGCUGAACAAAGCCUUGGAGGAGACACAGGGACUCUUUACCAAGGUUGCAGAAGCGAAGAGCAAAGCAGAGGAAGCGAAGAGCAAAGCUCAGGCGGCGCUGGACAAAGCCACCGCCACCAAGAACAAAGUGGAACGCUCCAACAACGACCUGAGGGACCUCAUCAAGCAGAUCAGGAACUUCCUCACUCAGGAGGGGGCGGAUCCGGACAGCAUCGAGGCCGUGGCAAACCAUGUGUUGAAGCUCUCCAUCCCCGCUUCCCCGCCCCAGAUCCGACACCUGGCCGACGAAAUCAAGGAGCGCGUCCGCAGCCUCUCCAACGUGGAAGCCAUCCUCAAGGAGACGGAGGAGGAUGUGCGCAAGGCAGAGCAGCUGCUGCUGGACGCCAAGAGGGCCAGGCAUCACGCUGAAGGAGUGAAGAGCACAGCAGAGGGCGUCACUCAGGCUUUACUGGACGCUCAGACGGCUCAGACGUCGGCAGAGAAGGCCAUCGCCAAAGCCAAGAGUGACAUCGGAGAGACGGGGAGCCGCCUGGCUCAGAUUGAAUUCGAGACAUCCGACAACGAGAAAGACCUGAACGAUGCCAUGGACCGCCUCGGCACUCUGGGACGGGAAAUCAACAUCCUGAAGACCAAAUGUGCCGAAAACAAGAUGGCGGCAGCCCGUGCCGAAGAGACGGCCACCAUGGCUCGGGACAAGGCAAACGAGGCCAAGCAGAUUCUAGACGGCCAGCUGACAGACAAAUACAACGAGGUGCAGCAGCGGGUGGACACCAAGGCCAAGGCGGUGCAGGAGGCCAAGAAAAAGGCGGAGAGCUUCCGAGAGGAGGCUAACGAUUUACUGAAAGAUGCUCAAGACAAGCUGAAGAGACUAGCAGAGCUGGAGUUGAGCUACGAGGAGAACCAGAGGAAGCUGGAGGGAAAAGCUCGACAGCUGGACGGCCUGGAGGACAAAAUGAGAGAAAUCCUCAACGAGAUCAACCUGAAGGUCCGCAUCUACAACACGUGUCAGUAACCCCAGCUCUGACAGACCAUGAAGGAGUCUCUGUAGGUCGGCGCACGUCAUGCAACCAGGCUGGCCUUUAGGGUUGUGUGCGGAUUUUGGACUUAGAAUCGUGGACUUAUAUAUUUAAGGUUUCAGACUGAAAAAUGUCAACUUGAUGCACAGAAAUGUCUCCAUCACAGCUUUCUGAUGUCUUGUUUAUUAUAUUUUGUUGUAUGUAUCGUAGCAUGUCGUGCACCUAAAGUGUGAAAUCUCACCUUUCUGGAAACAUUUCUUGCAUUUAUUGUUAAAAUAAUGGCUGCACAGGUCCGAUUCCUGUGAAUGUUUGAGGACUGACGGCUGUAAUUACAUGUACAGUAAUACUCAAUAGUAGGAUUUAUUUUGCGUUACACACAAACCCACAUUUUUAAGAAUCUUUUUAUGGUCACGUUUGUAUUUAUGCAGCACAGCAAACUAAAAUAAUCAAUAUUUGUAUUGAAAAAAGGAUAAAGUAUGUUUUUGCACUCACUUGAUCAGGCAGUGUCACUUCUUAAGGCAAAACUCCUUAAACUUAAAGUGAAAAUGGGAAGAUCUUCUAAACCUUCACGCUGUCUUUGAUAAAACAUGGAGGUUCUGCAUCACCUGCAUUAUUAGUGCCUUACAUAGCCAGUAUUAUUAUGUCACCUGCUUCUUUUUGCAUGAGAAUUUGUGCCCAAUAAACCGGAUAAAGCCAAAAAAAUUUGCGUUCAUAGGAAUUCCUUUAAAAAAACAGAAAUACAAAAGAACAUCUGUUACAUUUACUGAUGAAUAAAGUUUCUUGAAACAAACUCAAGUUUCUUUGAUAUUAAGUGUUUUUUUUUGCAUUAAAAUAUGGUCAAGAUGC